CUUACCCGCUCAUAGAAAUUGAAUGGCUACAAGCGCACCACACCAUCACUAAACCAAGAGAGACAACUAAACCAUCUCUCUGGCGUGGCUGCUCCGUCUACGAGAUUAUGCUUCAUUGAGAAGCAGUGGCAUGAAUAUAUAUAUCGAGCGAUAGUAUAAUGAUUGUUGUGUGAAGGUGUAAGCAUCUGUGUUUUGUUACUGUAUCGAAAAGGUGCGACCUUGAGGAGUUUCAGUUCAUGGGUUCUUAUUGGUUGAUCUAGCUGGUGAACUCUUGAUGUUAAAGAUGCAAGCUUUAAGCUUUGGGCCACUAAAGUUUGGUCUUUUGGUUGGAUCAAGAUUGGAUUUUGAGUUGGAUUGUUCUUGUUUUGUAGUUAGCCGUAAGUUUAGUAAGAGACAUUGUUUUGCUAAACAGUCUUGCUUUGGUAGUAGUAGUCAUACCUCAAAAGUUCUGUUUCUGUGUGAGCCAAAGAGAAGGUUGUUGAGAUCAUCUGUUGGAGUAGGAUGGGCCACAGAGCAACGAGAAGAGGAAGAUUCAACACAAGCUGUAACCAAAUCAAGAGUUAAUGUAAGAGAAUUGGCACAUAGUUUAAGAGCUGCCAAGACUGCUGAUGAUGUAGAUGUUGUUCUCAAGGAGAAAGGAGAGUUGCCUCUUCAAGUCUUUUGUGCUAUGAUAAGAGGUUUUGGGAAAGACAAGAGACUUAAGCCUGCAAUGGCUGUAGUGGAAUGGCUUAAGAGGAAGAAGAGUGAGUCAAGGCCAAACCUUUUCAUAUACAAUAGUCUUUUGAGUGCGGUGAAAGACUCAAGUGGGUUUGGUGAAACAGAGAAGAUACUUAGUGAUAUGGAGGAAGAAGGUAUUGUUCCAAACGUUGUCACUUACAAUACUCUGAUGGCUAUUUACAUGGAGGAAGGAGAGUUUCAAAAGUCCCUUGAGGUUCUUGAUUUAGUUAAAGAGAAAGGCUUUGAGCCUUCUCCGGUUACUUACUCAACGGCUUUGUCGGUUUACAGAAGAAUGGAAGAUGGAAUGGGAGCUCUUGAGUUCUUUGUUGAGCUGAGAGAGAGAUACUCUAAGAGGGAGAUAGGGAACGACACUGAUCAUGAUUGGGAACUUGAGUUUGUGAAGCUUGAGAAUUUUAUUGGUAGAAUCUGCCACCAGGUGAUGAGAUGUUGGUUGGUGAGAGAUGAGAACUUGACUACUAAAGUGUUAAAGCUUUUGAAUGCAAUGGACAAUGCAGGGGUUAGACCGAGUAGGGAAGAGCAUGAGAGGCUUAUAUGGGCGUGUACACGUGAAGAACAUCACGUUGUUGGUAAAGAGUUGUACAAAAGAAUCAGAGAGAGGUUUCCUGAGAUAAGUUUAUCUGUCUGCAACCACUUGAUUUGGCUGAUGGGUAAGGCUAAGAAAUGGUGGGCUGCUUUGGAGAUUUACGAGGAUCUUCUUGAUGAAGGACCUGAGCCUAACAACUUGUCUUACGAGUUAGUGGUUUCUCACUUCAGUAUCUUGCUGAGUGCAGCUAGCAAGAGAGGGAUAUGGAGAUGGGGAGUUAAGUUACUUAAUAAGAUGGAAGAUAAAGGGCUAAAACCACAGAGCAGACACUGGAACGCUGUUCUUGUAGCGUGUUCAAAAGCCUCUGAGACCGCAGCUGCUAUACAAAUCUUUAAAGCAAUGGUUGAAAACGGUGAGAAGCCAACGGUUAUCUCAUACGGACAGAGCAAGUUCAAUCUUUUGGAUAUGCUUCUCAAGGAAAUGGCUUCAAAGGGUAUUGAGCCAAGCGUUGUGACUUACAACGCUGUUAUAAGCGUUUGUGCGAGGAAGGGGUUGAGCAGUGUGGCUUAUGAGUGGUUUCAACGUAUGAGAGGUGAGAACGUUGAGGCUAAUGAGAUUACUUAUGAGAUGUUGAUUGAGACGCUUGCUAAUGAUGGGAAGCCAAGGCUUGCUUAUGAGUUGCAUUUGAAGGCUCAAAGUGAAGGGCUUAAGUUGUCUUCUAAGGCGUAUGAUGCGGUUGUUAGAAGUGCUGAGAGUUAUGGAGCUACCAUUGAUCUUAAUCUCUUGGGUCCUAGACCAGGGAAAGAGAAGAGAGCUUAGCAGUUUUUGCAUUGUACACGAGAGAAGAUGAUGUAACAGAGUUUAUAAUGGAUGUUGUAACGAACAUUUUGCAAGAGUACACCGUUAAAUGUAAGUAUCUGAGUUGGUUAUCAUAAACCGAACUGAAACCGGACUUGAACCGGCUCUUAAUUUCAGGCUUUCGGCCCAUUACUAAGUUAAUGAGCUCAUUUCGUCCGCUUUAUGUUGUACACAUACAUUUCC